GGCGUCCUACUCGGUACCCAUCCUUAUCUGAAGACAAUGUUCUAAUCAGUGCACCAGGCAGCCCUACCGGCCCGAAUCAGCCUCUGCGAUUACGUAUGCAGCUGCUGUACCACAUCCACAUGUUGCUCUCCUCUUCCCUUCCUCAUCCGACACAGGUCAUGAGCCAACGCUAUCAAAUCUUCUGGACUGCAACUGGUAUUGCUCUAACCGUUUUUCUACUUCAAGGCGCUAUCACAACCCUCGUCAAAAUAUCCGAGACAGAAGGUUUAUGGACAAUCAGGUUCAAUUUGGCCAGAAGGGAACAUCUCUGGUGGGCAGCCAUAGCCCUCGCUUUCGUCGCCUCCUUUAGCUCCAUGGUCCUAUCUUUCCUUGCCGGCAAUAACAACAAUUCACUCGGAAUCAUAUUGCUAGCAAGCGCAUCAUCUCUAGCCGUAUUCCGCUAUGCAUGGCCUGCAUGGCGUAAUCGACACUAUUGUUCUAAUCGUUGGGCAGCAUGGACUGGCCCGAGCCGCACAGGAAUAGACGCAUCUCUAGUACCCCUCAUAGAAGGCAACGAUCCCUGGCCCAUCCUUAGCAAAGACGUCUCAGUCAUGAGACAACACUCCGUCGACAUCCAUCUUCCCAUCUUCAAAUCCAAUCUCAUUACCGAUGACCCCACAGACAUCCUCAAAGCUACAAAGCGCCUCAUAGACACCGUAACAGAAAAGCAGCCAGACGAGAAAUCAAAGACGCCAAUUAAACCCCUCGUCCCAAACAACAAAACAGGUCUCUAUGCCCCUGUCCACCUUGACAAAUCCGCUUCCCUCCUCUGGGGUUCCCAUAUCGGGUUCUCCCCCCGCGUCAGCCGCGGCAUCCUCGCAGUCCCCCAACGCCUCCUCCAAUCCUUCCCCCUCACAUCCUCGGGGCACGACGGUCAACCCGUCUGCCUCGCACACGGUAUCCUAGCGCGCAACAAAGGCCUCCAGCCACACACCUUCAUCCUCGGUCUGAACCCCGGCAGACUCGAACAAAAAUGCGUCCAAUGGCCACGGCCGAGCAAAGUCUUACGCACGUACUACCGCGAAGAGAUGAACGCAGCCUACGGAGGCCUAGGGCCUACAUUCGUAGACGUAGCAACGGAACUUGCGCUCCUCCUAGCUGAUUCGAGCCACAGUCUCAUCGAAGACUGGCUUAGCUUGCGCAUGGAACAUCAAGAUCUCGCAUUGAACAACCAGCUUGCGCGUCUUGGUGCGAGCGAUGAGGAACUGAAGAUAUUGUACCGCCUUUCGUACGCUGCGAUGUUGGUUAGUUUGAGCGCGCAUAGGAAGGGAAGAAAGUGGAGACCUGAAAUGAAACUUUUUACGGCGUAUUGGAAGAAGUGUAAGGGUGAGGUACCAGCGUGGAUGGGUGAGGCUGCGGUUGUGGAGAGAAUUGUGAAGGAGGAGAGUGGUGCAGGUGACACGGAUCUGGAUGCGUUGAUCGAGGCAGUUUUGUAUAAGAUCGAUACACCACGUUCUGUGUGAAGGAAUACCUGCUUCAAUUUAAUAUUAAUAUUGUGACAUAGUUCGCGAAGCGCUGAUCAAGGCCUCGUCACGAUAGGUAUGGCUUAUGUCAUCCUGAACCUCUGAAGUGGAAACCCACUCGGCGGGUACAGACGGCAGUCAGUUGGUUAACGUAUCCUCCAACCCGUCGAACGGAGCAAUGGCGACGACCACGACCACGACUACGACAGUAGUAGUAGAGGAAGGCAAGCUCCUCAGCGAGUCCCUCAGCACCGUCAAAAUCCAAGUCGGUCAGAUGAAGCGACAUUUGG